AUGAGGUCCUUCCAUUUUUUGCCGCUUCUUCCUUUUGCACUUGCUGCGCCCCCUCUCGUCGAUCCAUAUCUUGAGAUGUGCGGCAUAUCCAUCACAUACUCCGCCAUAACGAGCACUCUUCUACUACCACCGCAAACAAUCUCUCUCUGCGAGAAUUCGAGCAAUUGCGCCAUCCCUACCAUUGGUGCUGGAGGAGGCUCCCCCGCAGCUCCGCAGGCCACCGCCACCCAAGUCCCUGGGGGCAAUCCUCCUGCCGGGCAGCCUGGUUCUAGUCAAGCUCCCGGAGGCAAUCCCCCUGCCGGGCAGCCUGGUGCUAGCCAAGCUCCCGGCGGUAACCCUCCCGCCGGACAGCCUGCUGCCAGUCAAGCACCCGGAGGCAGUCCACCCGCUGGACAACCCGCUGCCAGCCAAGCUCCCGGCGGUAACCCUCCCGCUGGGCAGCCCGCUGCCAGUCAAGCACCCGGGGGUAAUCCCCCUGCCGGACAACCAGCUGCCUCUGGUGGUUCGAAUGGCAAUUCGCCAGGCGCAACAGUCUCUUCCCCGGCGGGCUCUGGUAAACCCUCCUCGGUAUCGGCAUCUUCCGCAUCUCGGUCAUUUGGUUUCAAAUGGAAUGAGCUUUGUGUCAUGGGAUUCGCCGGCGCGGUCACUCUUUUUCUGAGCCUGGUAGUCUAA